AAUUGUUCAACAGCAAGACAAGAGUCGAUCCCGGUUCAGUGACAGAUGCGGGGCCGGAGUAAGCAGCUCAAAAAGCCAGGUUGACCCCCGCCCCCUCCACAAUUUCGGUGCUGCAGGUGUGAGGUGAGGGGUGCCUCAGGCUGGUCAGAGCGUUGAAAAGCCAAAAAUGCACCGAAAGUACGGAAUGAGAAAAUGUCUCCGCCGGCUUUCUUGUCGAUAACAGUUUGAACUCGAUAUGCGCAUACCGCAUUGGUGGAUAUGCAUCACCUCGGUAUUAUGUAUCUAUCAGAGCUAAUUACUUUGGUACGAUGAACUCAGCCACACUCAUGAUGGAGCUUGGUCGUUCGAGUGACUUUCGACGCGCGUGGCUUGCACAGUGCAAGGCUUUGGCUCUUCGUCAUCAUCCCAACUGGAACUUGUCAAGUGCCAAACCUCCAUUGGCAGCUCCGCUUGCUCAUUUCACAGAGCUAAUCUCAUUAAUUACUGCUUUUGAUUGAUUGAUCUUUCCUUGAUACAUAUCUGUCUCUCUCUCCCUCUUUGCAACAAUCGCAGCCAACUGGCGACGGCCUGUUGUUUUGCCCUGCGAUUACCGUGUUACCCCUUUUCCAUCUGUCGUAAUCCCGCAGUCUCAUCGUCAACCUUGUCGUCGUCGUCGUCUCCGUUCCCGUAGCCGCUCCCGAUCGAACCGACGCGGUCAUCGCUCGACGACAUCAUGUACUCGAAUCCCAACUCGUUCCUGGGCGGGAACAGCCAACGCCCAGGGCAACCGCAGUAUGGCAAUCAGUUUGGCGCAGGAGCUGGUCAACCACAACUGCAACAGCCAGGUCCAUUUGCUCCUCAACCGACUGGCUUCGGUCAACAGCCGGCCCUGCAGCAACAGUACACUGGAUAUCCAGGCCUGCAGGUCCCUCAACCUACUGGCCAACUUCAGCCUCAGUUUACAGGCUUUGGUCAAGUUCCCCAGCAAAAUGUUGGAGCAGCGGCACCCCCUAUGCCGGCUAUGCCUCAGCAGUUCCAGCAACAGUUUCAACAGCAACAGCAGCAGUUCCAGCAACAACCACAACAGACAUCGAGCCCCUUCGGCGCCGCCCCGAGCCAGCAGCCUCCUGCUUCGGCUUUGGCCCCCCCCGCUCCCCCCAUGAAGCCCCAGCCGACCGGUUUCCACGAGAUGGCUGCCUCCUUCCAGACUGCUGGAGGCUCGAAAUUGACAGCCAGUGCUCCGAGAAAGACCAACAAGAUUCCCAACAUCCGCCUCUCAUUCAUCACCGCACAAGACCAAGCCAAGUUUGAGACGCUGUUCAAGUCUGCUGUGGGGGAUGGACAGACCACCAUGACUGGCGAGAAGGCCAGGGAUCUUCUCUUGCGUUCAAGACUGGAUGGAGACUCCCUGUCUCAUAUUUGGACGUUGGCUGAUACCACGAGAUCGGGACAGUUGCAUUUCCCCGAAUUUGCUCUCGCCAUGUAUCUCUGCAAUCUCAAGCUUACCGGAAAGACUCUCCCCGAACACCUUCCUGAGAACAUCAAGAACGAGGUGUCAAGUAUGGUAGAUAUCAUCAACUUCAGCGUUGCGGAGGAGGCUGCCAAUGCCUCUGAUUCGGGAAUCAGGCAGAACACCGCCACUCCUCCUGUUAUCCAGCACCCUCAGCCGCAGCCAUCGAACUCUCAACUUCUCCAGGCGCAAAUGACGGGAUUUCCUAGUCAACAAACCGGAUUUUUGGGUGCUCAGCCAACGGGGAUGCCCCAGGCGACAGGUUAUACUGGUCCCCGGCCGCCCAUGCCUCCAAUGCCCACCGGUUUUGGUUCGUCAUUGACCCCGAACGCUGGUCCGGGCGGGAUGGUUGCACCUCUGAAUGCCCAGCCUACUGGUAUUCCUGGCCAGUGGGGUCUUGUGAAUACGCCAGCAACGGGUCUCCCUCUCAUUGACGCCCUCCAGGCUCGCAUGAUGCCCCAGCAAGGCCGUGAGCAGCAGACAUAUACCACCGCCGGUCUGCAAGGAAACGCGGUCAUUCCCUGGGCUAUCACCAAAGACGAGAAGACCAGAUACGAUAGUCUUUUCCGUGCCUGGGACGGCCUUCACAAGGGCUAUAUCUCUGGUGAUCAAGCGAUUGAAAUCUUGGGCCAGAGUGGUUUGGAGAAGCCCGAUCUCGAACGUGUGUGGACAUUGGCAGAUAAUGGAAACAAGGGCCGCCUCGAUAUGGAUGAAUUUGCUGUGGCAAUGCACUUGAUUUAUCGCAAACUGAACGGGUAUCCUGUUCCCAACCAGUUGCCUCCCGAGCUUGUUCCUCCAUCAACCAGGAACUUCAACCAGUCCAUUGGUAUGGUAAAGAACAUGCUUCACCAGGAAUCCGAGUAUCGCAAAAAUUCUGGCGCUGCCUUGCUGCCUCAGAAGACCGGUGUCAGUUACCUCAAAGGCCACUCCUUCAAGGGAGCCGGAGCUGGCUUUGGCAACCGCAAGGAUGCCACGGUCUUCAAGAACAACGACGAAGAGGUGGGCUAUCGUUCGAGCGCCCGACGUAGGGUUGGCAACAACUCGCCUCGUCCAGAGUCGCCAGCUUCCAUCAACUCUAGUGAGGAGCUCAGUAUUGAGCAGCUCCGCAAGAAAAUCAAGGAGAAGCAAGUCUUGCUCGAUGCUAUGGAUUUUGCUGACGAGAAGCAUGCGGAGGAGGAUGACAUUCUUGACAGGCGUGACCGCCGCGAAGCUGACGAGCUUUACAGGCGCAUCAGGAGAAUUCAGGAGGAUAUCGAUAACCACCCAGACGCUUCUCUCAUCAGCGCUGACUCAGAUGCUGAGAGGAGAGCAUUGAAGCGCCAGCUGCAAAACCUGACUGACAAGAUCCCAGAUCUGGCGUCCCAGGUUAGGAAAACUGAGAAGGCGAUUGCUGAUGCUAGGCUGGAACUGUUCCGUCUCAGGGAUGCCAAGGCUCACCCAUCCAGCGCUGCGACCAUCAUUGGCACUGGUCCGGGCGGUACCGUCACCGAAUCCGACAGGCUCAAGGCUCGGGCCAAGGCUAUGAUGCAGCAGCGCACUGCAGCCCUUACAGGAAAGAAGAUCGAAGUCAGCAACGACGAUCUGGACGCCCCCAAGCGACUCGAGGAGGAGAGCAUCAAGAUCCGAACCGAGAAGGAGAACAAUGAGCGGAUGGUCCGCGAUGUGGAAGACAGUGUUCGCGAGUUUGCCAAGGGCAUUGAGGACAAUAUGAAAGAGGGUGCUCAGGAUUCUACUACCGAGCAUGAGAAGCGUCGCUGGGAAGAUGGUCUGGGCGUGGAGGAUGAGGUCAGGGAUUUCAUCUACGACCUCCAGCGAUCUAGCCGUGCUGCUCGCAUCAGAUCACAGGACCGUCAGGGCGGGCGUCAACCUACCCAGGAACCCACCAGGGCUGAGGCACCACCAUCUGCUCGCUCUGUGAGCCCUGCAGUCUCUCGCACAUCGACUCCAAGUGUCCCAGCUGCAGGCGGUGGCUCGUACUCUUCCUACAAGACACCGGAGGAGCGGGCCGCUUUUAUCAAGCAGCAGGCCGAGCAGCGCAUGGCGGAGCGUCUCGCUGCCUUGGGCAUUAAGGCUCCCAUCAAGCCCGGCGAGACUGCGGCCCAGCGGAUGGAGCGUGAGCGGGCUGAGCGAGCCGCCAAGCUGCGACAGGCCGAGGAGGAAGAUGCCCGUCGCGAGGCUGAGAGACAAGCAAGAAUUGCUGAAGAAACUGGGGCCCCCGCGCCAGCCGCCCAAGCCGCUGUUCCAAAGCCAGAGGGCAAGAAGCCACCUCCGCCCCCUAGCCGAAAGACCCCCAAGGUUGACGACAGGCGGGCCGAGGAGGAGGCCGCAGCGAAGAAGGCGGAGGAGGGACGUCUUGAGCGCGAGCGUGGCGAGCAGGAGCGUCAGACUCGGGAACUUGAGGAACGCGCAAAGGAUCAGGAAGACGAGCUGGCCAAGGAGCGUGCCGAGGCCGAUGCCCGUUUGAAAGCACUUGAAGAGCAAGUCCGCCAAGGCAAGCUCAAGAAGGAAGAGGAGAAGCGCAAGAAAAAGGCAGCGAUGGCUGAGGCAAAGGAGCAAGAAGCCAAGCUUGCCCAGCGCCGUGCUGAGAUUGAAGCCGCCCGCAAGCGGGAAGAAGAGCUUCGCAAGCAGCUUGAGGCUCUGGAUGUCGAGGACAGCUCAUCUGACGAUGAAGGCCCUGAGCAGAUUACCCCUCAGGCCUCGACACCUACCUUGGGCGGCAGCCAAGUGGGCGGUAGCCAGGAGCUCGAGCCUGCCCCGCCUACCCCGGUGCCGGCUCCCGUGCAGUCUCCUCCCCAGAUUGUCACCUCUAGCCCCGCCGAGACGGAGAGCCGCAAUCCCUAUUUCAGAAUGAGAGCACAGGCCGCCGAGACAACUCCGGCGCCGCCAGCACCCCCAGCUCCUGUUGCUCCCCCGCCGCCUCCACAGCCAGAUGUUUCGACCAACCCCUUCCACCGCAUGACACAGGCGGCCGCGGCCCCUGCUCCAUCCGGCCCGGUCUCUAGGAAGCGUCCCGAAGAUGACGGAUGGGGAUCCGACAAGGAGGACGACGACGAGGAUUCGGAUGACGACAGACCGGGACAGGGCGCUGCUCACCUCGCCUCGAUCUUGUUCGGCACCAUGGCGCCCCCUCGGCCGCUGUCGGCUACGGGCGACAAGUCUGCCGCUGCGUCUCCUCCGGUGAUCUCACCUGUUGCUUCGCCUCCUCCGGCUAUCCCUAGCCCUACUGCUGCGGGAGCCCCCCCGGCACCACCCCCGCCUCCGCCCAUGCCCGGGAUGGGUGCGCCGCCUCCGCCGCCACCUCCUCCCCCGAUGCCCGGGUCUGGGGCACCGACUUCUCCUCCUCCGCCUCCACCUCCCGCUCCAGGUGGCGCGCCUCCCCCUCCCCCUCCUCCUCCGCCGCCGGGAGGAGCGCCUGCGCCUGCUGCUCCUGCGGGUGGUAGGCCGGCGGCGUUCUUGGGGGAGAUUCAAGCUGGAAGGGCUCUCAGGAAGACGCAGACCAAGGACAAGAGCGGGGCUGCUGUUGCGGGACGGGUGCUGGAUUAAUGAUGGGGGUUUCUUACAAGGGCUGUUACACCCGAGGUUUUUUUGCUUGCGGCGGCUGGAGGGAAAAUGGUUUCUGGGGGUAUAGGGGGGAGGUUGGGGUUACUGUUGUGGCGAGUACCUAAUAUCGGGAUUUGUGCAUGUGUCUGUGGAUGGUUGUGCGGCUACCACUCGGCCGGCAUGUUGUGCGAGGGUGGUGGUCCAGCCAUCAUUUUGUUGUUUCUGAGGGGAGUACAACAUGAUGGGGUGUGGGGAUGGGGGUGAAAGUGGGAAGGGUGGCGUGUAGUGAAGCUCUGGUAUGGUAGGG